AUGUCGACGGGAGGCCGUCUGCUUGAGGCAAGAGCGGUGAAAAGUCGUGUGAUUCCAGAAAAGGAUCCGCUCUUGACGACAGGAGAAGUCGUCCUCCACUUGAUCAAGGGCAACAUUGGCGCUGGGGCGCUGUCACUGCCGUAUGCGUUUGCCAAGGUCGGGAUUGCCGCGGGCCCCGUGUUCUACCUGUGUGUGGUCGUUGUGUGCAUCUACAACAUGGACUUGUUGCUGUAUUGCAAGCGCAGAGUGAGCCCGGACGGCCACGGGAUGUCGUUUGGCGAUGUCGCCAAACAAAUCCUGGGAAGCGGCGGCAAGACGGUCGUGAAUGUGUUCCUUGUCGGCACACAGCUCAGCUUUUGCUGCGUCUACUUUACAGUGGUGGCCACGAAUCUGCAUGCGAUUUUGCCCGCGAGGGUGGCCGUCGAUUUUGACGAGCGCCAGAUUAUCUUGCUCGUGUUCCCCGUCAUCCUUGCAUUGUCGUGGGUCCGCAGCUUACACCACAUCACGCCGUUCUCUGCCUUAGCAAACUGCGCUGUGUUGUUGGGGAUCGGGAUCGUGUUUUUCUACUCUGCCCAAGCGUAUGUUCCAGAGGCGCCUGCGACCCCACCGAUUGCAUUCACGUGGACGUCCUUUCCAGAGUUCUAUGGCACGGCUGUCUACAGCUUCGAAGGCAUUGGGUUGGUCCUGCCACUCGAAAAUGGCAUGCACGAGAAAGCUCGGUUCCGCUGUGUCUUGCUGUGGACGAUGGUGUUCAUUAUGGUGUUGUUCCUGUGCCUCGGCGAGUUGCCGGUGCUGGCAUUCGGGACUAUCGACAACGGCAGCAUGACGGCGGUGCUGCAUCAGUACUUUCCAGGGUGGCCUGUGGCGCUGGCCAACGUUCUCAUGGCGGUGGCGUGCCUCUUCACGUUCCCGAUUCAAUUCUAUCCUGCUCUCGAAAUCCUCGAAAAGUUGCUCCUGCGUCGAGGAUUCUUCACUCCGACCAUUCAAUCAUACGAUGGCCUAAUGCCGCUUCCCGUGUCCCAAUUGCAGAGCAGAGCAUCAGCGGGCUCAUCUUCGACGGCACGUGUUCCUCAAGUAUUGGACAAAGCUCUGAAGAACACGACACAGUACGAAGUCCGCCGCACCAUGUUUCGAUCCAUGCUAUGCACGACACUCAUGCUUGUGGCUGUGUGUGUGCCCAAUGUGGGGCUCCUCAUCAGUCUGUUUGGUGCGGUGGGAUCAAGCAUGUUGGCAGUGACCAUUCCUCCAAUCCUGUACGUCAAUCUCGAUGGCGCGACGCUGUCGUGGUAUUCCUGGACCUUGCACAUGCUCGUGGCGGGUGCUGGCAUUGUCGGAAUGGUAGCAGGGUCGUUCCAAGCCAUCGUAGACAUUGCCAGCACCUUUGAAUGA